AUGCGUUUCUUUUAUAUUCCAGACACGCGCUCAUCGUCUAUUGACGUGGAAGUUAUGAAUUACACGGGGCUCCCUCUACCGGCGCCCAUAGGUCAAAAUAUCACCGUGACACUAAAAGUAACAGGUCACGGGGCCUCUGAGUGGAGGAAUGUGACGUGUAGGUGGGAGUUACUGGGGCGCAACACAGAAUGUUACAGAGUCCCAGACGACACAGGAGAGUUCCUGAUAGAUGUGAUGGCGAAAACUGCAUUGAACCAAACUCCUGGUGUAUAUGUGCUAACAGUUUACGAGGUACCAAAGCAAGAAGUCAUAGGAGUAUCAAAGUUCAAUGCUUCUGUUAACAUUGGAAGUAACCAAUUCAACGAAUGGAUUCUACCCAACGCUUUUUGCUACGGACAGACUGUCGAUCUAAACUUCGCUAGCGGAUAUUUUGUCUUGUUUUCCUCUAAUGGAGUCAAAACUGUAGUUCAAACAUUUUUGAAACACGCUGAUAAGGUCACGACUCUGGCACCAAACUCGAAACAAACAAAAAUUCGACCAAAACUUUGGAAACCCACAAAAGAAGGAUGGUCAUCAACAGACAGUCAGUUACAUACAAUAACGUCACUGGGGUUUCCAAAGAAAACGCCUUUACCCCUUCUUCAGAAUGCGUCGUUUGAAGCAUCUUCGGUGUCAGAGAUACCCCAGACUACUACUAGUCAGACCAGUCAGACCACAUAUACAACCUUAGUAAAGACGAACCCCACAACUCCCCAACCGCGGAGGAAUACAAAGUUUCCAGCAGUCGAACUUUAUUCUGCAAAUAACACGAAGUCUAAUGUUACCAGUUAUUUUUUCAUCGUCUCUAAUUAUCGCGACAAGAUACAGAUUUGCAUUAAUUUUGGGGAUGGGACAGAAAAAACACUCAAUUUAACUCAAAGCACAACUAUUACUCACGUGUACAAUAAGACAGGCAACAUGACAGUUAAACUAAGUGUGUUUCUCAGAAACAAAGAAGAACUUUCCAUUUUCCGCUAUAUUAUGGUUCUUAAUCACCAUUGCUUUCAAUCCACACCAAUGUUUGACAUUCGAAAUUCAGUACCAUCUAACCCUUUAACGGUUUUCUUGUUCUCUGAGAUCAUCAUUAAAAGUAGAAAGCAAUAUGAUCACCAGUCAGAUAGAUGUAAUACCGAUUUUAGGGGUCAGCUGACCUACAUAUGGACAGUUACCAACACUGAGACGGGAGAAGAAACAGUGUCCACGAGAAACCAACUCUCUCUACCAUCACACACCCCGGGGUUGUUCAAAGUUUCCCUCGAAAUGCACGCAGAACAGUUUUCCACAACUGGAAUUCUGUAUAUAAAGUUUAUAUUUAAACAUCGGAUAAAUUUCAACAAAAAUAUUCUCUGUCAGUUUGUGCCCUACCGUAUGGGGAAUAACAAUGUGGAUGCUGCUAUUUGGCCGCAUAAAUAUUUAAUGCUACGUCCCAAAUCCAAGAUGGUUUCCUUGGUUACAAAUUUGCAGCAUUCAAGAUUUUUACAAAAAGGAGGAUACUCUAAUCUGAGCUUAAUUCCUGAAAAAUAUGAGGCUACAAAAUGGAUAAAUUUGUUCUCCUUGAACUCUACAUUCCUCCCUUUCAAUAUCCACGCCCAAGGAAAAGACAGGGAUCGAGGACUUACAGAAAUCACGCUGAGUGUCAACUACACGUCAUCAGUAGAGAACAUUUACCAGUUCGUAGUUGUUAGCGACCUUCAGUGCAACGUAAAUUACUCUUGCGUUAGAAAUUGCGAAAUUAGAACCAGCUUAUCACAGGAGUAUGAAGUCAGGAUGAAUAGCAUGAAUGGAAGCUGCAUUUCAAGACCCGAGCUACAGGGGUUAUACAACGUAUCAUAUGGCACAAACAACGAAUCUGCAUUACAUAUGAUCGAAAGACAUUUCCUGAUCAACGGAUCAAGUUUCAUUCACAUAGUCAGAGAUCUGAUUAUCGUACAGACGAAUCGUCUUACAGCCGGCAAGCGGUAUAUGCUGAAGAUGACCACGGGCAAUGUUCCAUGGUUUAUCUAUCUUCACAUGAACAGGCCACCGACAGGAGGUGAUUGUGAAGUUAUGCCCAAAGAAGGUUUGGUGCUUCGGACAGAGUUUAUGGUCGUAUGUCGGGGCUGGAGAGCAGGAGGAGAGGAUUAUAACACACCCCAACAGCAGACCAAAGUCCCCCUCUUGUAUACAGUCCGCUACAGAACAAGUGGAGGUGGUCACGUGAUGGUGUAUCAGGGCUUUGAAGAAUCAACCCCGCCCUAUAUGUUACCCUCUGGUGGCGCCGCCCAGAAUUACAGAGUCACCGUGGAGAUAGAAGUGAAGGACAGAUUUAACGACAAAGCACAAAAGAAUAUAAGCGUAACUGUGAAGGGAGAGGAUGACAAAUAUAACAGAGAGACGUAUAUUGAGACUUUAUGUCGGAACCUUCUAACCAAGCUUAAGUUUAGCCAGCAUCCUGACACCCAGAUACACGCUAUUCACAUCACGGCCAGCGAGCUCAGCAGAGUGCUAACUAAUGUUUCUUUUCCGAGCAUGAAUAUCUCAGAGAUGAUGAAUACAGAUAUUUUGAAUCUGAGAGCGAUGUUGGCAUAUGCUAAACCAUCCAUUUUUAAGAAAUUACAACAGGGAAUAAAUAUUUUAUCCGAGUCCAUUUUCAACUGGACCACAAAGUUUUCUUUGGGACUCCCGGAUAAUGAACAACAUUCUGAUAACGAGGCAUGUCAUAUGAUGCUUUUGUCCAUGGACAGCAUACAUAUCUGCACAAAGAAUCCGGAAAUCACAACACUCACAUCUUUAGAAUAUACCGUGGAGACACUGAGGUUGCUGCUGGCUAAUACCGCCCUGGCAAGAAAUCUAAAAGACAAAGCAGUACAGAUCAUCACAGGACUGAUGAAGAUCGUUGACACAAUAUUCCAAAGUAGUUACUACCAUUACACGGACGAUUUGGAAGAGCGAAUGACAUUAAAUAAAGCAGAACUGAUUAUGGUGGAGAGUGGUUCCAAAAGCUUUGUAAGAAAAAAGUUAAUCAAGGAUUACAUGCUAUCGGAGAAACAACGAACAGCACAGAGGAUGAAAUUGCUUGAAUCCUCCUCUUCCAUUCUGAUAAAGUCAUUGAAUGCAGUAGAAAAGGCCAUGUCCUUGGCUACAACAGGAAGAAAAUUAUCGGUGAAUCGUACCUUUGUCUCUGUCUUGGCGGAGAGGAUCAAACCUCUGUCAAUAAAGAAUUACUCAGCCAAAGUUGGUGGGAUUAAUCUGGAACUUCAAGCAGAUGGAAAUGAACAGACUGACUUCAACAUUUUGAUUGCAGCAUUCAAAAGAUCCCCGUUCCCAAUAUUGAAUGACACUUCUUAUAGUUUAUCUGAGGUUCUGGUAUUUAAAAGUAAUUUUUCCUGUAACGUCACAGCACGUCUGCGGAAUAGGAAUAUACCAAACUUGCACAAAAGCACAAUUUCCAUUCACUCUGAUUUGCCUUUUUACCAAGAAUUUGCAGUAAGCAUGAAUGAUCUCACGGUAAUUAACUUGGAACCAGAAAACCUCAUGGAUUCUACAAAUUUGGAACUUUACAUAAAAGGAGGAGCCCGUCCAACUGAAGUGGACUUCGACAUCAAGUUUGACAUUGGGAAACAUCAGUCCAAAUUCAAAGUCCCGACUGGGAAAUUAUCGAAUGCCAGUAAAGGAUACUUAAUGCUUAAAGAGAAAGAUAAAAAGGAUAGAAGACGCAAAGCUAGGGAUACCAGAAUUAAAGAUAAUGCGGAGAGAGGUGUCGUUGUGGGCACGGUUGGUGUACAGGUCUUCACUUUGGGUUGUCGGGCCAGGUCUUUCACGUCAUCAUCGUGGAUUACAGGCGGAUGCAAGGUUGGAGAUGAAACGUCAGUCAAAACUACCGUCUGCAAUUGCCCCCACACUUCCGGUCACCAGAGCGCUUUUACCUCGACCUUCUACGUUCAGCCAAACCUGAUUGACCACAUCGACUUCUCAAACUUUGAUGUCGACAACGCCGCAGUGUAUGGAACGUUGAUUGUGAUGUUGUGUCUCUAUAUUAUCUUGGUCAUGAUACUUCGGAAACAGGAUCAUAAAGACAUCGUAAAGUGGGCUCCUCAGUUCCUUUGUGAUAAUGGUGAGAAUGACGUCUACUUUUACAUGAUUACUGUAUACACGGGCAUGCGCAGAGGUGCCGCCACAAUGUCAAAUGUCAAUUUCAUUUUAUCGGGAGAUGAAGACGAUUCUGGGAUACGAAUAAUGAGCGGAAGUUCACAUUCUGGCUUUGACGCUGGUUCUGUCCGAAGAUUUAUUGCCAGUUCAAAAUCAAAUUUUGGCAAACUUAAUUAUCUGCGAAUAUGGCAUGAUAAUUCUGGACCUGAUAAUAAAAAAUCCUGGUUCUUAAACAAAAUAAUUGUUGAUGAUCUGCAAACAAAAGCAAGAUAUAUAUUUCACUGUGGGAGAUGGUUGUCACGGGAUCGAGAUGAUGGAAGAACAGAGCUGGUUCUUCCUGUUUGUACAACGGAGAAUCUUAACAGCUUUAACACACGGUUUUCGGAGCAAGCUCAACUCAGUCUCACUGACAGUCAUCUCCUCGUGUCUACCUUGAUACGUCCCGAGAGCAGCAACUUUUCCCGCGUUCAGAGAGGGUCCUGUCUGUUUGUACUCAUGUUGUUAACAAUGAUCAGCCACGCCAUGUACUUUAAAGAGAACAACAUUGUAUCAGCAAGUCAAGUUAAGAUCGGUAGUCUAAACUUUUCCCUGAAGGACCUCUACGUGUCUUUGAUUGUAGCCUUGAUCACUACUCCACCAAUUUUAUUUGCCUCCUUUGUGUUUAAAAGAACAUCCAAAUAUUCGAAUCAUGUAAGCAGAAUCUCCUCAAGGAAAAGGUCAACAACAUCGGAAAAGUACACUUCAAUGGAUACAGAUUAUUCAAACAAUAUAGAUCUGACCUCAACAUUCGAUACGGAAAAGACCUUGUUUCCAAAAUGGGUACUAUAUUUCGCCUGGUUUCUCCUGUUUGCUUCAGCUGCUGUCUCUUCCUUCUGUUUGCUCUUGUACAGCAUGCAGUGGGGCAAAGAGAAGUCGACAAGGUGGUUGGUCAAGUUUAUAUUGUCAUUGCUGGAGUCUAUAUUCAUUGUGGAUCCGGGAAAGAUCAUUCUGAUGGCCUUGAUGGUUGCUUUGUUUUUAAAAAACAAAGAAACAGAGUACAAAUUAAAUGUCGAUGUACGCCAUCUUCGUCAUUUAGCAAAAGUCUUUUACAGCAAUUACAGCGGAUCUUUAACUGUUAUGAGAAGGCAGAUCCUUGGUAGACACGAGCCAGCUUUGCCUCAUGACGUCGAAAACUUUAAGAGCAGACGACACCAGGAAGUCAAGGCCAGGGGAGUGUUUAUAGAACUUCUUACAUAUGGAGUCUUUGCUUUCAAUAUGUUCAGCAUUAGUUAUAUCCACAAAGAUCAGAGGUCGUUUUUAUUGAAGCAAAACGUCCAUAACAUACUUGUCAAGGACCUUGUCACCUACAACAAAUUUACAAACAUUAAUAAAACAAUAGACUACUUCAACUGGUUAAAUAACACAGUUCUUCCGCAUCUGUAUCCAUCACGUGAUUGGAGUAACAACUCACUUCCUCCAUCUCCCUGGGUAGGAGAUCUGGUAAACAUCAGAGUGGGAACCGCAAAACUACGACAAGUUAGAGUUACGGAGGAGCCUUGCAUUUCGUACCUCUAUCAUAUCGUUCGACCAUGCAUACGAGAAUACCAAGACCAAAAUAUUGAAACCCGUGAUUUUUAUCCUUAUUGGAGACUCGAGAACAAUUUAUCUCGAACACCACAGGCUCUCAAACGUGCUUGGAGAUACUCACAUGAAGACAAAGGAAUAGAUGUCCCGGGUGAAAUUCACUUGUACAAACCUGGGGGUUACAUAAUUAUGUUGCCAGAGUCCUUGAAGGAAGCUCGAGACCUUGUUUAUCAUCUGACUCAGUACAGAUGGGUGGAUAGACACACACGAGCCUUGUUCCUUGAACUCAAUCUUUACAAUCCCAACAUCAAUAUCUUCACGUAUGCCAUGUUUAUCGCCGAAUUCAUCGAGACAGGUGGAAUUGUGCCCUGGUCCAACAUUUGGGUAUUCAGGCCCAAUGAGUUUACCGGACCGCUGGGAACAUAUGCUCUCCUGUGUUAUCUCAUUUUUCUGAUAUUCUUAUGCUUGGGAUCAUUUAAAAUCAUAAAAGGAUUCUAUCAAAGGCGUAUGAAGUUCUUAAAACAAAUUUGGAACUUGGUUGACAUCUCCUGUGUAGUCAUUAGUUAUGUUGGAAUAGUAGUCUUUUUCGUAGGUUUAGACAAAGCCAAAGAAACCAUACCUAAGGCCAAAGAAUUGUCAAAUGACACAUUUAAUGGUUUUCAGUCUGUGUUCUUAUGGGACUUUUCUUUUAAUUGUAUUGUUGCCGUUCUGACUUUCAUAACGACCUUACGAAUACUGCGAAUAUUGGGGUACAACAGGCGUUUAACAGAGAUUGUGCGAGUUAUAACCACGUCUGCAAGAGAUUUAAUUGGAUUCGGCCUCGUCUUCAGCAUAAUAUACCUCGCCUAUGUCAUAUUUGGUUUUCUGAUAUACGGUAAAUCUUUGAGCGAGUACAACACUGUGUUCAAAUCUUUUGGAACUCUGACCAACUCUUUGAUUGGGAAGAAUCGGUUGGAUAUGAUGAUUCACGUGGCCCCUGAGGCGGCUUCUUUCUUCUAUUUUACCUACACAUUCUGUGUCAUUUUGACAUUGUUAACGAUGUUCUCUGCCAUCCUUAAUUACAGCAUCAGGAAAGUUCGUCAUCAAUCAAGGAAAAACCCCGAAACAUACGGAAUAGUUGAUAUCCUUAGUUCCACCAUAAGUAAUCUGUUUGGAAUGGCAAUGUUACUUCAAAGGAGGGAUAGAGCUAAAGAGAAAAUCACCACUAAAGGAGAAAAGCAUUUGCGAAGUGAGAAGAUAAAUGCCGUAGGCAUUGUCCAGUUAAUCAGAGACAUUAUGGUUCAAAGUCUGGGAGAGGAAUUUAUGAGGUCAAACCAAGAUUCUACAUUGAAAACGACGAAGGAACCAUCAGAUCUGAGAAUUAAUCCUCUCACGCCAGUAUUACAAAAUGAACGUCUUAAAGGACGACAAAUUGGUGACGUCAGCAAACUGGAAAGAAUUGGAACCCUGAGGGAUAUUGAAGUAUCCAUUGACAAGAGAGAAGACAACCUAGUACAGCGGAGUCUGAAUUAUUUGUAGUUUGAAAUAUAAGUCAAUAUCUACCCAGACUGCAGUUACUCCAUUCAAACAUAUUCAGGCUUUCUUCUUAGUUUUUAAAAGAUUAUUGCCAAACAUUUUAAAAAAAAAAGCAAGAUAAUUCCGUCUUGAAUUUAACGAAUUGCAAGGAUAAAAAAUAAUUUUCCCUAGGUUGGCUAAAAUACCAUUUGCAAUAAAUGUUUUGUGGAGUUGACGGUGAAUUUACAUUGGUAAAUAGAUAUCUUUAUUCCUUUUUUACUCAAAAUUACAGUUUUCCUACAUAUUUGAAUUAUUAAGGCUUACUUUUUCCGCAUUUUACUGAAUUUGCCA